UCAUCGUAGGAGUAAUGGGAGCUAUAGAAAUACUUCUUGUUACGCACUGUGCUGUCUUUUGCCUCCUUCAGAUGGUAGCAGUCACUUCAGAACAAUUCACCGUGACUAGCUUACAGAGAACAGUCCUGGCUCCACUGGGUGAAAACCUUGAGCUCAGCUGUCAGUUGAUCCCACCACAGCAAGCACAGCACAUGGAGAUUCGCUCGUUCCGGAAUUGCUAUACAGAGCCCAUGUGCCUGUACAGGAAUGGUAAAGACCUGCAUGGAGAAACUGUCUCCAAGUAUGUGGAGCAGACAGAACUUCUGAAAAACGACAUUGGAAAGGGGAAAGUGACCCUCAGGAUCUUUAAAGUGACAGCCGAUGAUGACGGGUCUUACCACUGCUUCUUCAAAGAUGGCGAGUUCUAUGAAGAGCACAUCACAGAGGUCAAGGUCACAGCCACAGGCUCAGACAUACGGAUUCUUAUGCAUCCUCCUAAUCUCAAAGGUGUGAUGUUGGAGUGUCAUUCAGGAGUUUGGUUCCCACAGCCUCAUAUGGAGUGGAGAGACAGCAAAGGAGAGGUCAUCCCAGAUACAUCAAAGUCCCAUUCGCGGGAUGAAAACAAAUUGUUCAACAUGAAAAUGGCCCUUCUUAUUGAAGCCAGUUCCCAUAGGAAUGUCACUUGCUACCUUCAAAACCUUCUAACUUACCAAGAAGAAAGCAUAAGUAUUGUCCUAUCAGGUAAAAUGUGUGUUUGUUCUUCAGUAGCAGCCAUUGCCACACAUACUUAUUAUGUGAUUUUUACUUGA